AUGGCCGUAAAGACUGACAUGAGUAAAGCCUACGACCGCCUUGAAUGGGAUUUUAUAGAAGCUGUUUUCCUUCAACUUGGGUUCCACGUAAACUGGACAAACCUGAUCAUGCAAUGUAUCAAGACAGUCUCCUACUCUUUUCUGAUAAAUGAGGACAAGACGCUGAAAUGGAUAAAAGUUGCUACUAAUAGCCCUAGGAUAAACCAUUUGCUCUUCGCUGAUGACACACUCUUCUUCUGCAAGACAAACCCCCGAAGUGUGUCUACCCUGCUUAGCAUCCUGUCUCUAUACGAACAAGCUUCUGGACAGCGCAUCAACCCGCUGAAAUCUGGCGUCACUUUCUCAAACAAAAUGCCCCAAGAACUGAAGGAUAAAGUACAAUCAGAUUUGGGCAUUGAGAAAGAGGGAGGAGUGGGGAAGUAUUUAGGAGUACCAAAGCACUUUGGAAGGAAAAAGAGAGACCUAUUCACCCCUAUUGUAGAUAGAAUCAGACACAAGGCGUCUAGCUGGUCCAGAAAACAUCUCUCUAUGGCCGGGAAGAUGUUUCUACUCAAAGAUGUACUCUCUGCAAUACCCAACCAUUCAAUGCAAUGUUUUAAACUACCACAGUCCUUAUGCAAAAGAAUCCAAUCAGCUUUAACCCGAUUCUGGUGGGACUCAAAGGAGGGUAAGCGUGGAAUGUCCUUAGUGGCUUGGGAUACUAUGAUCAAAUCGAAAAGAGACGGUGGAUUGGGUUUCAGAGACAUCCAAAGUUUCAAUGAUGCCCUCUUGGCGAAGAUCAGUUGGCGCAUCCUCUCGUCAGCAUCCUCCCUUCUAGCAAGCGUCCUGGCUGGCAAAUAUUUCCACAACCAAGAGUUUCUCCAUGUUAAAGCUCCAUCUGCAUGCUCCCACGGCUGGAGGGGCAUCCUUAUUGGACGUGACCUGAUAAAUGAACAACUAGGAUGGGCCAUUGGAAAUGGGGAAAGUGUGUCUGUUUGGAACGAUCAGUGGCUCUAUGCUGAUAGAAAAGGUAGCCCAAUAGGACCUGCCCCUGAAAGCUCUAAGGACUUAAAAGUCGCGGAUCUCUUCAGAGAACAAACACGAGUAUGGGAUUCCCAAAAGAUCGAGGACCUGUUUCCUCUCCUUCAAGGCUAUUUUGUUGCCCUUCAAAAGAACUACCCUAUGCUGGCUAAACCUCAGGUUCACCACCAAGACUGGAUACAAGAUCUUUGGAAAAUCCCUAUGACGCCUAAAAUAAAGCUUCUAAUCUGGAAGAUCAAGCAUGGUGCAUUACCAGUGGGAGAAGUUCUAAGGGCAAGACAGAUUAUCCCUAACUCUAAGUGCAUCAGGUGCGAUUGCUCUGAAACUAUCAUCCACCUAUUUUUCCAUUGUGAAUUUGCUCGUAAAGUUUGGGAAUUAAUACCUGUUUCGGGAGGCUUUAACUGUGAUCAAGUGGUGAACUUUGAUGCGGCCUGGAAGUCAGCCCUUCAGGCUACUGUUCUUCCCCCAAUAGGGCUAGCUGAUACUUCUCUUGCCCCAUGGAUAAUUUCCUCAAUAUGGACGGCGAGGAACUUCCUGAUUUUCCAAAAAAGGCAAUUCUCAGCUCAAGAAACUAUGGUAAAGGAAAUUUGCGAUGCAAAGGAGUGGAAAUCAGCACAAUCAACCCUCUCCCCUCCAACUCGCAAUACGAUCUACCCGCCCAUUAGACACAAUUAUGAAUUUACCUGCAGAUCAGAUGCGGCGUGGAAGAAAGAGCUCAAUAGUGGAGGCGUGGCGUGGAGUUUCUACAACUCCUCUGGUGAGAGAAUCAACUCUCAUAGCGAACCUGUUGCGUUUGUGAUCUCGUCUCUUGUGGCGGAGGGACUAGAUGGAGCAUGCAAUUGCUCUGCAGCUUGGAUCAGUGAUCUUCGAAUCAGACUCUCUACAGUUGGUGGCAGCUAUUGUGGGCGAUUCAAGCUUCUCGGAGAUUCAUGA